AGACCUUACCUCCAGCCAAAACAAUGUCUCUUCCCUUUCUGAUUCCCUUCCUCUUCUUCGUUUCUCUCUUUUCAAAGCCCUCACCCUCAUCAUCAUCCCAACUACAAUCCUUCUCAAUCUCCAACUCCCCAUGGAAGCCAACCCAAAACAAGACCCUCCUCUCCUCUAAUGGCGUCUUUGCCGCUGGUUUUCGUCCAUUACCCACUUCUCAAAACAACUAUACUUUCUCAAUUUGGUACCAGAAUGUGUCCGAGAAAACUGUCGUUUGGUCCGCUAAUGCCCCUUCCCCGCUCGAUCAAAAUGCCUCUCUGGUCAUAACAAGCAUCGAUCAAAAUGCCUCUCUGGUCAUAACAAGCAACGGCAGCCUCUGUUUGAUGAACUCGGUUGGGAUCAACGUCUGGCAUCCGGUGGCGGCUACUGGAAAUCCCAACUCUACGAGGUUGAUUUUGAGUAAGCAAGGAAAUCUUGUGUACAACGGAACCUCCUGGCAGAGUUUUGAUUAUCCAACUGAUACGAUUUUACCGACCCAGAACAUGAGUGCGAGGUCCACGGUGAUGGUGUCGGCGAAUGGGAAAUUCAGUUUUCGGAAUGGCAAGAAUUUGUUUUUUAACCCUUCUGAGAUCUACUGGACCGCCGAAAAUGGGUUUCAGAAACUGGACGUCGACGGUACGGUGAUUCAAAUGAAUGGGAAUCGGUUGUUUUCUGCAGAUUUUGAUGAAGACAGGUUGAGGAGAUUGAAGCUCGACGAAGAUGGAAAUCUGAGGAUUUACAGUUUCGAUCCCGAUACUCGGAAAUGGGAUGUUGCUUGGGAAGCGGUGCAACAGAUUUGCACAAUCCAUGGAACCUGCGGGCCUAAUGCUAUCUGCAUCAACGAUGGGUUAAGUUCCAACACAUCCUGCGUUUGCCCCCCGGGAUUCAAGAAAGCUAACAGAGAAGAAGGCGGUUGCGAGAUCAAAAUCCCUCCAAGUCCUGGGAAUUUCAAGUUUAUUCGGCUAGAUUAUGUCAACUUCACAGGUGGAUCCAAUCAGAGCGAUCUGCAGGUCUCGAACCUUUCCAUGUGUCAACACAGAUGCCUCGCCAAUAUGAGUUGUCUGGGGUUUCAGUUUAAGUACGACGGGAAAGGGUACUGUGUGCUCCAGCUGGAUCGGAUGCUAUAUGGGUAUUGGUCGCCGGGAACCCAAGCGGCAUUCUUCCUCCGCGUCGACAGAUCGGAGACGGAUGAAUCCAACUUCAUUGGAUUAACAGAGCUGUUGAACACGACAUGCCCCGUUCGGAUAAAACUCCCAUCCCCACCAGAAGAAUCGAACACAACGACUCGAAAUAUAAUCAUAAUCUGUACUCUUGUCACCGUCGAGUUGAUUUCCGGUGGUCUUUUCUUCAGCGUAUUUGUGAAGAAAUACAUCAAGUACAGAACAAUGGCGCAAACCUUUGGUCUUCAAUUCUUGCCUUCUGGGGGGCCAAAACGGUUCACCUACGGCGAACUCAAAGCCGCCACAGGUGACUUCUCCAAUCUGAUCGGAAAAGGUGGCUUCGGUGACGUUUACAAAGGAGAAUUAACUGACCACCGCAUCGUGGCCGUCAAGUGCUUGAAGAACGUCACAAAAGGGGAUGCGGAAUUCUGGGCGGAGGUGACGAUCAUUUCCCGGAUGCACCACCUCAACCUCGUCCGGUUAUGGGGCUUCUGCGCCGAGAAAGGCCAAAGAAUUUUGGUCUACGAAUAUGUGCCUAAUGGCUCUCUUGAUAAAUACCUUUUUCGCAAGCGGGUCGGAUCUCGAGAACCAAUCACAGAGUCAACGAAUAUUCCGGUACUUGAUUGGAAUAUUCGAUACCGGAUCGCUCUCGGUGUGGCAAGAGCAAUUGCAUAUUUACAUGAGGAGUGCUUGGAAUGGGUUCUACAUUGUGACAUUAAACCGGAAAACAUACUCUUGGGGGAUGACUUCUGCCCCAAGAUUUCAGAUUUCGGGUUAGCUAAGCUAAGGAAAAAGGAGGAUGUUGUUCGUAUGUCUCAGAGGCGGGGUACCCGUGGAUACAUGGCGCCGGAAUGGCUAAGUUUGGAUGUGAUUACACCAAAAGCAGACGUGUAUAGUUUUGGGAUGGUGUUGCUAGAGAUAGUGAAUGGGGUUAGGAACUCUGAGACUCAAGGGUCUAUGAACAGUGAAGACUGGUAUCUUCCAGGGUGGGCAUUCAAUAAGGUGUUUAAGGAGAUGGAUGUGGAGGACAUUUUGGACCGUCAAAUUAAGCACUGCUAUGACGCCCGGAUUCAUUUCCAUAUGAUCGACCGGAUGGUGAAGACGGCAAUGUGGUGCCUGCAAGCUCAGCCGGAGAUGAGGCCGUCCAUGGGGAAGGUUGCUAAGAUGCUGGAAGGAACUGUGGAAAUUACUGAACCCAAAAAACCCACCAUCUUCUUCUUAGGAGACGAGUAAACAUUAUUUGUCUUUUUUUAA